CCGUUCAGAACUGCUGCACGUCUGUGUAACGCAGUCCACGCGAAAACGUGCCUAAAUCAUCAUCAGCCACCCACAUCAGGCUCGUUUCAUUACGCAACGCAUUACAGCGAGACGGGGGCAAUCGGUGCCAUUUGCACGUACUCGCGUUAUAUUUCCUCGAUCCUUUAAUCAUACGGACUGUGGAGUCGAGAAGCAGUUCGAGCGGAGAAUAAUUCCAGGCGCGCGCUAUUGGCUCCCCGUCCGCAUCUGUCAAUCCGCGGAGGCGGGACUCUGCCUGCUCGCGCUCCCAGGAGGCGAUAGAUGCGCGAGCUGUACUUUUCUACUGUGUUGGAGCGCUUCGCACUUCUCGAGCUCAGUCCGAGCGUCAAGUGAACGGCGUGCGGAAAGCGCAGUGGGACUUCAACCGAGGAGAAGUUAUCGAAGGAGCCUGUAGUAUUGAUUGCAGCAGCCUGCACCUGGAUAAGCCCCAUCAUCGGCGCGCGGAGAAGCGAAAGAGCGAAGAAAGUGUGUUGACGGCAAGCGGGCAGCUGUUAUAGAAGGAAGGCAAUAUGAUGGUGAAGCAGCAUAUGCUGUUUACCCUGUACAGCAUCUGCGGGAUCGUCCUUAAAGAUAUUCUCGCCGUUUCAGUGGCGGCCACGAAAAACAAAGUGAGAGGAGCCCAAGUCCAGUUCCCUAUCGUCCAGAACAUGACUGUGACAGAAGGAGGAAUAGCCAACCUGACCUGCCGUGUGGAACACAAUGACAACACCUCCCUCCAGUGGUCAAACCCUGCACAACAGACGCUUUUCUUUGGGGACAAGAAAGCGCUGAGAGAUAACCGGAUUGAGCUGGUCCGAGCCACGUCGCAGGAGUUGACGAUCAGCAUCAGCGAGGUCACGCUGGCUGACGAGGGGAUGUACACCUGCUCUCUCUUCACCAUGCCUGUCAAAACAGCCAAGGCUUUCCUCACCGUCCUGGGGGUGCCUAAGAAACCAGAGAUCAAUGGACUCACCAAGCCUGUGAUGGAAGGAGAUCAAAUCACUCUGACCUGUGUGACCUCUGGCAGCAAACCUGCGGCUGAUGUCCGAUGGUUCAAGAAUGAGAAGGAGGUCAAAGGUGCCAAAGAGGUGAAUGCCAGUGGCAAGACCUUCACAGUGAAGAGUUCCCUGCAGCUCCAGGUGAACCGGCAUGAUGACGGUGUGGCCUACACUUGUAGAGUGGACCACGUGGCCCUAACUGCCACCCAUGAAGAGACAACACAGGUUUUGGAAGUCCACUAUGCUCCCUAUGUAGAGAUCAAACACUCCUUACCAGCCCCACUGGAGGGGCAGUACCUCAAACUGGAAUGUGUACCUCAUGGAAACCCCUCGCCAGACCCAGUUCUCUGGACUAAAGAUGGAGGAGAGCUGCCAGACCUGGACCGGGUGAUUGUUGAAGGGAGAGAGCUCACCUUCAUGGCACUGAACAAAACAGACAACGGCACCUACCGCUGUGAAGCUACCAAUCACCUUGGCACCAGCCAUGCUGAAUAUAAGCUGGUUGUUAAAGAUGCCCCCACCACAUCGUCACCAUCCACAACUUCCCCUGCACCCACCCUCCCAGACACUACAGGUCCCUUAGACUCCAAGCAUCUCAAUUCUGCUGUCACCGGUAACAGAGAUCCUAAUGCCCUGCCAGGCCCUCCAGACCACGCUCUGAUUGGUGGAAUUGUCGCUGUUGUCGUCUUUGCCACUUUGUGCUUAAUUAUUGUAUUGGGACGCUACCUGGCACGACAUAAAGGCACGUAUUUGACAAACGAGGCCAAAGGUGCGGAUGACGCCCCGGACGCAGACACAGCCAUCAUCAAUGCUGACGGCAACCACGCACACGCAGAAGAAAAGAAAGAGUAUUUCAUUUAGACUGAAAGUGGCACUGCGCUCCUAUCUCUCUCUCUCUCUCGCUCUCUCUCUCUCUCUCUCUCUGUCCUCCCGUUCCUUCCCUCCUUCCCUGCACCGCGUAGGAACUUCUUCAGACAGCAGCGGAGGCUUCUUCUUACCCUUCUAUUCCCUUCAGUUUGUUGUUUUUUCAUUUCAGUUUCGGAUUUCUUUUGCUUUUUUCGAUAACAGCUCACCUCCUACUUUUUACGAGCAACUUAUUUGCUGAAGAUGUCACCUUUUGUAAUCAUUAAAUAGCUGUAAAACACAACAAAGUAGUACAAAAAAAAGUCACAAUCUUCAAAUACGUAAAAGAAAAAAAAAGAGAAAAUAAUCUGCAGCCAUUUUUCAGUAAGGACUCGCCCUUCAUCCUCUCACAGUGCCUAAAUAUACAGAUGUCCGCUGAGUUUCAGUCAAUGCCUUCAUGUUUGUCAGGCUUCUGAUUGGUUGCUUGCUUUUUAUCUUCAGCGUUAUGAUUUUUUUAAAUUUUGUGCUCUGUUACUUUUUGUUUUAAUAAUUUCUACUUUGAUUUUGGUUGUGAUUCAUGCUGAAACCAUUUAUUGUGACGUUUCUCCCAAAAAAAAAAAUGAUGUACAGUAGUAAAAAUAUACUCUGACUUGAAGUGAGGGAGGUUCCCUUUUUAUUCUACAGAUUUUUAGGUGUUAAUAAUGUUAUCAGUACGUAGCGACGCUCCAUUUUCCAAAUUACCAUUACAUGAUGUGAAACCGACAGCUCACACUAUGGCUAAAAUCAGUAUUUUGUACUUGAACUGUAGAUAUUGGUACGUAAAUGAAUAGCUUCACAGAAGGUCUCAAUGUGUUCCACCGAAGAUCACCUUGUAUUUUUCAAUUAGUUGAAACUGUCACCAAAUAAACCAUAGCAGGUUUAGUGAUUUAGCAACCAGGCAAAGAAAGAAAGAACAAGCCCAGUUGUGUGUUUGUUUAGUACGAUGCUGCAUCUUUACUGCUAGGUUCUGCAGCAGUCUGUGUAUUCCUGCACUGAUACGGAGCAUUUUCAUAACAACAGAUCCACUGAUAUAUCAUCCUUUCAGCUGUUUACACAACCGUUGUGCCGAACACAAGAAAUCUCACAACACAGAAAGCGAUAUUCAACGAAAACAACUAUUUCAGUGCUCUUAAACCUGCACAUCACUGGUCAGAUAUAUAUACAGCUCAUUAAAGAUCCCAAAAAUGUUUUAUGCAAACCUGAACAUUAUAAUAACGUUGAGAGAACGUUGCCCAUGCGUAUCACUCAUUUUACAGCGGCCAAUCAAAAAAAUAAGCACAAAUGACUCGCAUCAACUCAUGAAUCAGUCUAAAACAGCAAAUCGCGAACUAACUUUCAUUACCCAAACUGGAAGUCAAAGGUUAUGUUAAUGUUUGGAAGUGUUUUUGAAAUUACGGUAUUCUUUUUUUUUUUGUUCUUUUGUUGAUUUUUAUGAUGAAUAGACAACCUUGCUAAGGCUGUAUAAUAUAUCUGCUAAAUGUGGUAACUAGUGAAAAUUGUUGUUAGAUUUUGGGAUCCCUAAUUCCAUCAAGUUUGUAUAUUAGCUGAUCUAAAUAGUGGUUGGGGAAAAAUAUCUUAUUUUUCAUCUUUUUCAUCUUAUUUGUCAAUGAAAGGUUCUCGACGACUUCAUAAUCUUUGCUUUAGCUCAAGGCGUGUAUAUACUGUACAAGUAUCACAUUUUGGUAAAACAUUUUUUGAAGGAAUGUUUGUGUUCGACUCACGAUGUAAAUUAUUUAAUUUCGCUUCAUUGAAAACCACUCAAUGAGUUUGACAGCAUUUGUGACAGCAAUGGAAUACUUAAUGAAAUGGCAAUGCUAUGUGUUUGUUGAAUGGGAGACUUUUAAAUCACCUUCGCCCGAUGUGCGUUUCCUUGUAAAUGAUGACGAUUCGUGUUCAUACCUGCUUUCGCGGUCCAUCUCCGUUCUCACAUAUCAAUGCUUAUGAAACCCACAGAUGCUCAAGCUUUAAAUUUGAUCAUUUUAGUCAUAAUGCGCCACGAUAACACAUAUCACUUCCAUAUACAAGUAUGUUACUCAAAUGUAAUUGUCUCGUCACAUGUAUCCCUAAUAUGUGUGAAUAUAUUAAUGGCUAGGAAUAUGGUAUCCUUUGAGAGAGUCACUGGGCUGUGUGUUAUCAGAUUGCAUACUCCUUAAGGCCAAACCAUUUAUCAGUGCACAAAAAAAACAAUUUAAGCCUUAUGAAAUGAAACAUAACCGCUGACAUGCUACUCAAGCCACGAUUACCUUUCAUUUAUUUCUCUUUUCCUUCUGCUUCUCUCUCUUCAUGUGAAUUGGCUAAAAGCCGUCUGUCUGGCAUAAUAACUGCUAACAAUGUUUGGUACUUGUCUGUCUGAUUGUGACACUGACCUUACGCUGCCUUUAUGGUCAGUAUAUCACAUGCUAUUAUCAAGAAAAUAUAUCAGAUUUUGACCAGUUACAGGACAUACUCAACAUUUCUAAGAACAAAUAAAUCAGCUUCUUUUAUCACCAUAAUUGCCUUUGUGUUUGUAGUGGGAGCUUCAUGCUGUUUUGUUUCAGCGAUGAUGCCUGGUUGUUUCUUUUCCUUCAAACUCGCCUUUAUAAAUUGCAUGUUAUAUUGUCACCUCAUAUUCACGUUUUUAACGCAGCAACGCAUUUCCAGUUUGAUGUUUUAGUCCGGCUAGUGACUGCAUUGCAAAAGGUACAAAAGGUUCAUAGCUAAAACGAUGGCCUAAAAUGUUUGGAUAUAAGGUCUUGGAUAAAAAAAAAAAAAAAAAAAAAGAUUCAGUCAAUCAGUGUAAUUUCCCAUUUGAAUCCCUGGUAGCUUACCAGCUAUUAUGAAAAUAUAGACCAUAAAAACAUGCUAACAGCAAGCUAUACUGAAUCAGUUACAAUGUGUUCAUUUCAAUUGGUCACGUAUGAGACUGGGUUUUGGAACAGAGGUCAAAUUUUGUCAAUUAGAUUUAUAUUCACAAUUCUUCUUAAAAUGCUGUUUAAAAAUCUUAUGAAUAUGAUUUGGAAAAAGUUCCAUAUUUCUAAAUAAAAUGCACCUGGGUUAUUUCUCCUCCCCGACAGAGUCUAAAAAUAUAGACUGUAUCAAUUAACAAGCAGAUUUUGUUGGCAGAAUAGUGAAGGUUUCCCUAAAAUUCACAUUUAUGAUAGCAGUUGAACGUGGGAAAAGUAAAAUGCAUUCACUUUCAUCAACGUUCAUUUACCGAGUUCCGAAUAUUUCAUGCACUGAAAUAAAAGCAUCUGUGUAUUUAAAACACCUAGCGAAGAAUCUUUUUACUGAACCGGCCAGAAUAGAAAACGUAACACUGUUAAUCAAAAAAGUUAAUUUAUGUUAUUUUAAGCAGCUGCAUUUUUUUGCAUCUCAGGUAUGAAGCGUAUUUCUUUCUAUUUUAACGCAUACAAACCUCAUACCAAUUUAUUUCUAUUUGCUCGAUCGUGCUGCAUUUAAAACAUCAUUAUAAUCACGCUAAUAUCUCAGUGUUUAUUUAAUGCUCAUGCCGGCGUGUGUGUGUGUAUAUAUGCUUGAUUCCAAUUCAUAUCACACAAGCUGUAUAUUGUUUAAACCCAUUCGCAUAAUAAAGCAAAGCUGUCCAGUUGCUGUAACGAUUCGUUGUGAAAUUUAGACCAGAAAAAGAUGCACUCUGAUUUAGCUUGUAAAUGUGUUACACUAAGAGGGCAGUUGUCAUAGUAAGGACACGCUACAAGUAGGUCAAGAUCAAAUAGUUUGAAGGAAACGCUGUUUUCACAGUUUUUCGCAUGACCUUGCUAGAAUUAGCUGCACCGACGACGACACAAAAACACACGGUUACAGAAAUGUCUGUAGUUCAAAUGUAAAAGAUAAACAGACAAACGCUACUUAAAUUUCACCACGUUCCUCUCACGUUACAAAAUUCUUCUGUGUGCCAGUGAAGCAGAUGUAGUGGGUAGCAUACUGUGCACUGGUAGAUCAAGUACCUGGUUUUUAAGCGAAAUGGCCUCCCUAGCUCUUGAAAUGAUAGUGGCUUCAGAACACGAAGGGUUUGUGCUUCUUGUAGCAAGCUGAAAUGAAAACGCCUCAUUUGGUUUCUUUUCUUUUUUUUAUUGUGUUCCUUGGUGUAUUCAUUUGGUUCGAAAUUCGAUUUUAAGCCUAAUUCACAUGUAUGGAAUGAAAUUGUUAAAUAAAUAAAUGCCAAAAUUUCC